UGACAACCGUGGUCCGUUUGAUCAGCUGCUGCGCUUUCGUGAUACAUGAGCGGCGAUCCCGUGAUCAAAUAAUUUUGAACAACAAUACACUUAUGCGUCUUUGAAAUACGUACAGAACUCUUUCAUCGUUGUGUUAUUCCAUCGCCACGGUGACUUCGGUAUUAUGUCGUCUGCUCGGAAAGAAACCAUCAUGGCUGCUCCAGCAGUGUCGGCGGAAACUGUGGAGGGUGUCUUCAGUAUGAUCACAGUCUACAUCAAUGAUGAACUAGUCAACAAAAUAGGAGGUGUUUUUGUCUUCGAUGUCAAAGGUGAACCGGAGUCCUGGUACGUUGACCUGAAGAAUGGCAAAGGAGCCGUUGGCAAAGGCCAGCCACCGGAAGGAAAGGCCGACGUCACCUUCAUUAUGGACAGAGACACUUUCAUCAAAAUGUUUACGGGAAAUUUAAACCCCACCAAUGCUUUCAUGGCGGGAAAGCUCGCACUCAAGGGUGACCUUCCGAUGGCCAUGAGACUAGAUAAACUGAUGGGUGAGAUGCGGUCAAAACUGUGAUCAGCCGUAUCAGCUAUGGGCCUAUGCUACACCUCCGUAACGAGGAAAUAUAUGUGAUACAGUACCUACUAUAUAUGGCAGGGACGUCAAAGGCACAAAGGGAGGGAAGAAGUAUUAUUUAAAUGUGACCAGCAUGUAAUAAAGACGUACAACAGGUGCAAACGAACAAGGGCAAAAAAUGUGCAACAUAAAUAACCUAAAAGUCAAAUAUGAUUUGAUUAGGAUCAAUGAUGAUCAAUACUCAUCUAGGAUCACCAUAUCCUCACAAAGUUUUAGGAGAGUGAAUCGCAUUUUUUGUCGACAACAUGGGACAUGUGCCUCCCUCCUCACAAGCAACCACCUUUUCUCGUAUCCGAGUUGACUGCAGAAGUAUGAAGCUCAAUAAUCGCCCUGCUAUUCACGGAAGAUUACUUGGCUGGCAUAUGGGAUUGUAAACUUUUAUAUCUGAUGUUUGCAAAAAUAAAAUCUCUGGACAACA